AUGAAGAAGAAGAAAACUAUUGAUUUUUUCUUUAAGAGAAAAGAGAGAGAUGAUGAACAAGCACAACCUUCACUUGUUUCACCAACUUCAAUAGAUAUUAAUGUUUCAAAUAUCGUUGAAGUUGGACAACCAACACAAUCAACCGUAGAGCAACUUGUCCAACCACCUCCUUCAAAAGCUUUGAGGAUUGAACAAGAAAGAAUGAAUAUUGAUGCUUUGAUUCGUGAUCCUGGAAAGCGUCCAAGAAUUUUGGAUUAUCCUGUUAAUCAACAAGAUGAAAUUAGAAGAGCAUAUAUAAAGUUUGGACCGUAUCAAUUUUUGAUGGAUGAAUAUCCAUUUUCUGUUUUUCAAGAUCAACAUCGUCGAUUUCAAGCUCGUUGGUUUGAAACUUUUCCUUGGUUAGAGUACUCGCCUGAAAUGGAUGCUUGUUAUUGCUUUCCUUGCUAUUUAUUUUCUAAAAAAUCAAGUCCUUUCACUUCAAAAGGAUUUAGAAAUUGGAGAAAAGUAAAUAGUGGAAAAGAUUGUUCUUUUUUAACUCAUGUAGGAGACGGUCCUAAUUCAUCUCAUAAUGUUGCUCUUAAAUGUUGUGAAGAUUUCAAAAAUCAGUAUUGUCAUAUUGAUAAAGUUCUAUCAAAGCAAACUUCACAAAAAAUUUCAUGUAAUCGCAUGCGUCUUAAAGCUUCUGUGGAUGCCGUUAAAUGGCUGACAUUUCAAGCUUGUGCUUUUAGAGGGCAUGAUGAAAGUGUGAGAUCUAAAAAUCGGGGCAAUUUUAUAGAGAUGAUAAAACUUUUGGCUUCUUAUAAUAGAGAAGUAGAUGAAGUUGUCUUGGAAAAUGCCCCUCAAAAUGCAAAGUACACAUCACCCACUAUUCAAAAAGAAAUCUUACAUAUUUUUGCAAGGAAGGUGCAAAGUGAUAUUCGUAAAGAGAUUGGUGAUGCAAAAUUUUGUUUACUUGUUGAUGAAGCUCGUGAUGAAUCUAAGAGGGAGCAAAUGACUCUUGUCAUUAGAUUUGUUGACAUGAAUGGAUAUGUUAAGGAGCGUUUCUUGGAUAUGAUACAUGUGAGAGAUACUACUUCACAUACUCUUAAGGAAGGAAUUUGUUCUAUAUUAUCUCACCAUAAUCUCAACAUUAAAAGUGUUCGGGGCCAAGGAUAUGAUGGGGCUAGUAAUAUGCGUGGAGAGUGGAAUGGUUUACAAGCUUUGAUCCUUAAAGAAUGUCCUCAUGCAUAUUAUGUACAUUGUUUUGCUCAUCAGUUACAACUUGCUCUCGUUGCUUCGGCUAAAGAAGUAGUUGAUGUUCAUGCUUUUUAUCAAAACUUGAAUAUGAUUGUCAAUGUUGUAGGUUCUUCUUGUAAACGCAAUGAUGAGUUGCAAGCUGCUUAUGCAAAUGAAAUUUCACAUUUAGUUGCAAAUGAUGAGAUUGAAACAGGAAGGGGGGCAAAUCAAAUAGGCACACUACAAAGACCCGGUGACACUAGAUGGAGUUCCCACUUAAAUUCAAUAACCCAUCUUUUACGAUUGUAUAAUGCAACAACUACGGUUCUUGAAGACUUGGCCAUUGAAGGAUCUACUUAUUCUCAACGAGGUGAUGCCACUUAUGCUUUCAAAUCAUUGAUGUCAUUUGAAUUUGUUUUCAUUUAA